GAAUGUUUAUUUGAAGUCUUAAAAGCCAUUAAACAAAUUAAUCAAUUUGAAGUAUAAUAAAACUUCGGCGAUAGUUUGUUAUUUAUUUUUUGGUUUUAAUAUGUCUACCAGUACGGAAGUAGUAACAUCUGUAGGAAAUUCUUGGAUUAUAUGCCGGUCAAAUACAUAUGCUGGUCGUAUUUAUUACUUUAACACAAUGACUGGAGAAGCGGCAUGGAAUUUAAGCGAAACUGAGAUUGAAAAAGCGAAGAAGAGAACGUCAAUAAUUGCAAGUCAAACAGGUUUUCAAAUAGAUAACUGUCCUGAACCCAAAGACUCACCACGAGAUCUAUCAAAUCAGAUACCGUCACAUUCUAAUAAACAAAAAAUACCUUCUCGAAAAAUGGUACCUUCUAAAGUGUAUAACAAACAAAUUAUUAAUAAUCAGUUUCCAAGACCUAAUUUCCCAUAUACAACUCCUUUUAAUUCCUUAAGUUCUAUAAAUCCUAUGCAAUAUUCUAUGGUUGUUAAUCCAACUGUUAACCCUACUACUUUUAAUGCUCACUUUAUAUUUAUAUGUUUCCUGUUUUAUCUUGUAGAGGCUGAAGAUUUCCAACAAGAACUAUCUGAUGUUAAAUCAAGUAAUAAUAUAAAUAGUAAAGAUAAAAGGACACCUUUUCACCAACUUAUUUCUUGUGAUGAUGUUGAUGAUGACAUUUGGUUUGAGGAAAACCAAAAUAGAAGCCAAAGUUUUAAAGAUUCAAUAGAUAUAUCACCCUUAAGAAAGUUCCUGCAGAUGGAAAAUAGCUUUGAUAUCUGGUAUAUUGUUCUGGACUCAAACGUUCUUCUUAACAAUAUUACUUUUCUUGAAAUUUUGUUAAAUUCAGAUAAACAAUGCCGCUUAAUGGUACCUCAAGCUGUUAUGAAUAAAAUAGAAAUGGCAACUAAGUCUAGUCUCCGAACUCAAGCUUAUGGAGCUGCAUAUUUUGUUUUACAAAAAGUUGAUGCAAAUAUCGCAGUAAUCGGUACAGAAAAUCAACAAGAAAGUAAUGACGACAGAGCCGCUAUAUUGAAUUGUUGUACAAUAUUAACAGAUCAAGGUUACCCAGUGGUGCUUUUAACUGAUGAUAUAGAGUUUCAUAAUUUAGAAGGAAAUACACAAUAUCAAGUACUGACAGUCAAUCAAGUUAAAAAUAUAUUGAGUAAGACUGUGUCGAAUGCCCCUAAAAGUAAUAGUCUUGAAGACCUAACAUUAAGUCGAAGUAUAGUAAUUACUAUUCCCAAUGAUGUAAACAAACCUAGUUUAAAUCACGUUAAAGAAAAUAUAUGCAAAGAUGCUAUGGCUUACCCUACCGAAAAAUAUUCUAAAGCAAUUAAUAUACCUGAAGAUAGUGCAUCUGAUAACAUAGUCGAAACAAAUGAAAUGCUGAAAAAUAAUAACAGUAUAGGUGUUCAAACAAAUACAAUAAACUUACUACAAAAUGCCAAUGAUAAAAGAAUAGGGACUUCAUCAUCAAAUAAUGAUGAAAAAAUGUUAAAUAAAAAUACAAGACCAACUUUGAACCGAACAUUGUCCAAUGGUUUUAACACAAAACCAGAUACUGAGAAACAAAAAUUGAGGGGGCAUAAACUUAGAACAAAAUCAAUUUCGAAUUUGAAUAAAGUUAAUGACAAUGAACUAACGAAAAGUGAUAAUAUUAGUGAGGAAAGCCAUCUGCCAAACUGCAAUAGUGAUAGAGAUUUCUUAGUUCAAAAUAGUUUUGAUGACAACUCUAUAAUUGAAAAGACAUCUACAGGAAAAUCAAAUACAAGUAACAAUGUCAAAAUGGAUAAUACUCAAGUAGAAAAUAAAACAAACAAUUUAGUUAAAGUGAAUUGUUUACCCGAAAAUACUGAAAUUGAAGAUAAAAAUGUAAUGUUCGAAGUGACAAGUAGUGAUAUGGAAGAGUGCUUAAGUAGAAAAUGUGAUGAGUUCAUUUCACGAUUUGUCCAAAUAAUAGAAGAAGCUAGUACUCAAGUAUUACAACAGGAUCCACCGUUUGUACUAGAUACUAUGCCUCCGCCGUGGACGAUUUAUGAAGCGACAGAAUGCAUAAAAAGAAAAUUUCAUAACGACAAUGACAUAGUUGAUGCGGCGAACAAAUUGUUAAAUGUUUUAUUCGUAAUAGGUGGCUUGAGAGGUAAAAUUACAAUUGACAUUAGUCCACAAAAGUAUAUGGAAAUGUAUAGUUACGGUGUUUAUUUAAUAGAUGCACUACAGGGUCUGUUAAAUAAUAGUGAGGAUCUUCAGAUUGCCGCAGAAUCUCUCUCUAAACUGUUAAGUGAUAUAGAGAAUACAAAUGUAAAUUCCGAUAGUCGCUUUGAAGAUUCAUAUACCGAUAUACUUCCUGAAACUGAAAACAACGUAACUCAAGAGAAAUCAAGCAAUGUAGAGGCAAUAACAGAGCUAGUGAACCCUGUCAACGAUAAAAUGGCUACUAAAAGUGAAUGUAAAAUCGUGACUUUUACUAACAAAAGUCCAGAGAAGAAAGCAAAAACUGAAAGUAACAUUAGCUCCCAUGGAAGCUAUACGUUAAGAUCGUCGAACAAGAAAUUGUUACAGGAAAAGGAAGAAUUUUCAGACAAAAUGAAAGUGAUACAAAAUAUAGACCCUGAAUCUUCCUUUUUUAUGAGCCUUCGUCUGAAAAGAAAUGAAAAUACUAAUAGCGAUCUUGAUGUAAAUAAACCGUUUGACGGUGAUGUCAACAUUGAAGAUCGAGACAAUUUUGAAACAGUAAAUACAGAAAAUGUUUGCGAAAGUGUUAGUAAAACAAAUGAAAAUGUAGAUACAUAUAAUUCGGAACAAGAAAAUAAUUUUGCUAAUGAACCAAAAGUUAUAAGAAAUUUCACGCUAUGUCCAGAAAUUGAAAAUAAAUUAAAAGAAAAAAAAAUUGCCUAUGAUAGCUGGAUAAGUAAAAACUCUGCUUACCGAAAUGAAAUGGUAUCUGAAGAGACUGAAGAGUUCGACUAUGAAUCAAUGGAAAACGAAUAUUACGGUUGCGAUUAUGAAAUGUAUGACGCUGAAGAUAUAUCAGAGCUUAAUUCUUCCGAUAGAUGUACUGAAAACGAAGAAAGUGUAAUCAGUGCAGAGAAAACGUAUAUACAUUUUAAAGAUAUUAUUGGAAAAAUAGAACAUAAUAUUAGGGAAUCUUUUUCAUUGGUUCACAGAUUUUGUGAAAAAUGUUACACGACUCUGCGUUCAAAUGAAAGAAAUAAUAAGAAACAAGAAAUGCAACACAUAGCAGAAGAUACUUACCUAUAUUUAAGUAAUUUGUGUGAUGCUUUAAAUAGCAUUUUAAGCAGAGAAUCAAGUGAUUCAGCAUAUAGAAUACAGGAACUCUUGAAGUUAGAAGAAUUGGGAGAAAUAGUUUUAGAAGAUAAUGAUUUAGAAGGUUACAGGACUUUCGUCACCAAAUGCAUUGAACAAGGAAAUGUUUUAAAGGAUUCCGUUCAACUAGUGAUCGACGCUAGUAGAGAAUAACCAAAAAACUUUCAAUAUAAUAACUAUAUUGUUCUAUUUUAUCAAAUUUGCAUGAACUAAAAUUUGUUUGCUAAACAAAAGGGAAAAAAACGAGAAACGAUACGUUACGUAAUGCAUUAUACUGUUAGUUAUUUUUAUUUUUAAAUGAUAAGCCUCUUUAUCAGUUCUAAGUUUAAAAGAUUUUAAAACAUGUUUUUACAUCUCGACAAAAAUCAUAAAUAAUAAACGUUUAAGUAUUUUAAA